AUGUCGGAGAUAGCAAAACUAAUAAGAAAACGACCACCAUCAGAUGGUGAAGUUGUAAAUUUCACGGUGUUCAAUGUACGAACAAAUUUUUUGGAAGUAAAAAAGCUCCAAUUUGCUUUAUCAUUAUUAUAUAAUUUUAUAUCCAAUAAUGAAAUCAUACAUCUUGGAAAUUACGAUCCAGAGAGUAGAAAGGUAUCCAAGGUUUUCAAAAAAGGUUCUGAUGUCAUCUUCAUAAAGUUAAUAAAGGAUAAAAAAUUUGGCCAGCGUGCGGUCAUCUACGACGGGCAGCUUCUAUAUUAUUUGAAUGAUGUUACGGACUGCAGAAGGGUCAAAGAACUCACAGUCGCAGGAAGACCAACGAACGACUCGGGUAACCCCAAAACCUAUAAGGUGGUAGUGAAAUUUUCCAGCGACAUUUUGCUCAGACCAAUGGCCGAAUAUGUAAAAGUCCGAAGAAUACUUACCGAUCGCGAUAUGUUCAAUUAUUUCGGCGUGCGUGGUGAAGACAUUACAGCCAAUUGCCUACGAAUUACUCAGAAUGCUGGUAAUUGGAAAGUUAAAAAAUUUGUCACGGGAUGCUUACUCGUGAAUUUGUCUGUAGUGUCAUUCGAAGAUUCUAGAUAUCUAAAAGAACAAGAAAUAGUAAUACUCUAA